GUUGGUCCGCGAACAUAGUAGCGUGCACACAGCACAGCUAGUUCAGUAUAGUCUUAUUCAAAUUCUAAGAAAAUUAUAACAUGAUUUCAAGGUGCUUUCGAUUACACCACACCCUGACACAAUACCUGAUCAUAUUCGGGAGUCUGGUAUUGUUCUUUAUUUUCUAUUAUUUUGAUGGGCAUCGCCAGUUAAUGGAGUCAGCAAUCUAUGUCAGAGAUGACUGGAUCAAACACGAGUCUAGUGCUGAGCAAACUUAUCAACAAGAUUCAUCGACAUCAUCGUUUAAAUCAACUUGCAGUGCGUCCGCUGAUCGCAGAGGUCCACGCCAAAAUGUCAUCGGCUAUUCCAUGUACGGCAGCAAUUUCUCAGAUCAAAAAUUUUACAACUCGUACCUGAAAUGGUUUGGCGAAACUCUCCGGGAAAUCCCAAUCAAAUAUCCAGGGUGGGUGGUGAGGAUUUAUCACGAGCUGAAGAGCGACGACGUGGAAAGUUGGCGAGUGCUCAACAACGUCCUCGAUUCGGGAACAAUUAAGAGCAGUCGUGACCACAUUGAUCUCUGCAACGCGACUCAAGUCAUCAGGAAUCGACAACUGGGAAACAUUUUUGAGAUGACUUGGCGUUGGUUACCUUUAUUGGAUGACAUGGUGGACACGUUUAUGUCGAGGGACUCGGACAGUGCCAUAAUAUCUCGUGAAGAAGAUUCCGUUCGUGAAUGGCUGGCUAGCAACAAAACCUUCCAUAUUAUGAGAGACCAUCCGUAUCAUGACGUGUUUUUUCUCGGAGGUCUAUGGGGAGUGAAAAUCAAUCAAGAACGCUCUGCCAUCGCCGUCACUGCCGAGAAGAUGUUCCACAAAAAUCACUUACACAAAAAAGGAUACGACCAAGAAUUGUUGAUUAAUUACUUUCAAUCGAUGGCUGUCAAAAGCAUGAUUGCCCAUGACAGCUAUUGCUGUGGAAAAUUCCCGGGCAGCCAGCCGUUCCCGACCCCGAGACAAAACGGCUGGUUUGUCGGAUGGCAACGCAAACCAUCGGCAGAGCUUAAAAUUCCAUGUCCGGAAAAUUGUCGACCGCACAACUUGACCGGAGCAGCGGCAUUGGCCGACUGGAGUUUGUGUUGAAAAGUCACUUUGAAAAUUAUAAUUGUAUUAUUUUGGCAAUGAUAAAUCCACAUAUGCUUAAAUCUUUAGGAGUGUUGGAUGUUUCGUGGUGUGGAUUUGUGUUGUUAAUAUCUUUUACCUUUAUUUACUAUUUGGGUAUAUUUCUAUUUUAUGUGAGUCGGGCAGAAAAUGAAUGAGAGAAAAUAUAACGCUUGAUUGUUGUUUGGUGUUGUUGCUGAAGAAGAGAUGAU